AUGGCUACAGUAGCCACUUUCGACGAGGAGUUCCCCCAGUUGACGUCCAGUGCCGCCGCUAAAACUACCAAGCGUAGGAUCACCACAACUCUGCUGACACCGAAGAACUCGACGGUGGUGACGCGCCCUGUUCCUGCUGCCAUCUCGUUCCCGCCGUUGGGUGCAUCUGAGACCACGAGACCCCCAGCUUGGGCCAAACAUUCGCUACUGGAGAAGCGCAUGGCCAAGGCUGCUGCGUCUGACUUUCAGGUCAACACGCAAGCAGCCAAGCUGUUGGGCUUCCUCAUCCGAGAGCGCUUCGUCAAGUCCACGUGCGCUGAGCUUCAGGUCCUCGUCGGUUUACUGUAUCGAGCAGACUGCACGUCCUGCAGCAGCCAAGACAACUCGCUUAAGUCCGAGUUCUGUUGGCGUACUCAUUGUCUCGACUUCGCGGAGAUUGUGUUCCUCGAGAUCGAAUCGGUGCUGAAACACUUGGGCGCUGACCUUCUGGGCCUCAUUAAGCAGAGCUUACGCGACGCCGAGGGCAUCUGUCAGGACCUGCUGGAGCGGCUGGAGCUGGCGUCUCGACGUCGCGAGGAGCUGCGAGUGGCCGAAAGCGCGCGAGUCGGCUGCCAGCUGCCAGUUGAGGUCAAAGCCAGCGCCGUGCGGGACUUUGCGCUGCCCUUCAACGAGGAAACGGACUCGCGCCUGCACUACCGGACGCCGGCCGAGUCGCUGCUGUACACGAAUCGAGAGAAGGUCCGCGACGGGUUCCUGAGCUUGUUACGGCAAUUCCAGCUCCAGCAGCACAGCUUGGUGGGCAUCGAGAACGCCGGCGUGGCCGCAGCAGCCAUCGCAGCCGCGCGCGAGCUGCUGACGGACGUGUCGCCCGAGAACAGAUGGUGGUUCGCCAAGUUCUUCGUCCAGGAGCUGGUGCAAGUGGGCUCGAACCCGUUCGGAGAGAGCGACAACGACCUCGUGCUGAAGAUCAUGGAGGACAAACUCGUGGUCAAGAACCCGGACCGACUGCGCAAGCUGCAUCGACGCUUUUCGAGUCAGAAACCAGCCACCAAUGGCAAAGGUAGCAACAGCAACUCUAAAAGUCGCCAGGAUGAGAGCGACGCGACGAGGCAGUUCACGGCCACGCUGGAGCAGAUGAAGCGCUACUUCACGGACAACCAGCUCUUCUUCUUCCACUUCCUGCACAGCUGCGACAGCUACGAGUUCUCCGAGCUGGUCAAGCACCAGCUCGAGCGUCAGUUCUACGCCAUCCGCGAGGCCGACUCGGCGUCGACGGACGCUCGCAAGGACUUCACCGAGGUGGUGCUGAGACUCAAAGUCGUGGCAAAGUUUCUGGGUUACCUCCGCUUCUCGCCGCAGUGGCAAGUGACGUCGUCGAUCCGCAAACUUUCCGCUCAAAACGCGGCCAUCCAAGCGGUCGAGCGAGAGGGAAUCAGCACGCUCCAAGUGGCUCGGAACGCCAGUCUGGACGUCAAGAAGCUGCUGGAAGACAGUAUCCGAACUGUAGCCAUCUCCAAGUGCCUCCCGUGGCUAAGCGACUAUCUGUCCAUGCUGUCUCUCGACCGACUGUCGCUCGGUACGACGUACUUCAAGCAGCUUGUGGUGCUGCUGCAGCUCUUGUAUCGCUCGCCACGGCUGGAUUCUCUGGGCGAGACGGGGCUGUACAUGGCCAUACAGAUCGAGCGGAUCUUCCUCGUGCUACGCUUGGAAGAUGGCUUCAUUCGAGGCAGCGCCUACCAGUCUCGAGACCUGCUGCCGUCGCCAGAGAUCCGCGACGCUCUCGCACGUGACGACGAAGCGUUGGACGCGGGGGAAGACCGUCUGCCGUUCCUGUACAGUCAAGUGUUUGUCCAGAGCUGCGUCAGUGAGUUGGAGGAUCUACGAGGCUUCCUGCAGACUCGAGCACAGCCGACUCGACGCCGGAAACUUUCGAUUGGCUCUGGGUCGACGACGGCGGGUCAGCCGGCCACUCCGAUCCGCAAACUGCGUCCUCUCCAGGUCGUAAUUGAGGACGACUCGGGCGCGCAGACGGCCGACCACCUGGCCGACGCCGUGUUCAAGGUGCAUCCAAAGCUGAAGGCGACCGUGGAGUUUGUGGUGGGGAACGUGACGACCGACGUCUGUGAGCACGUGGUGACGCGUGUCGUCACGUCUCGAGCGGAUGUGCUCGUUGACAGGUGCGCGUCGGAGAGCGGUUUACUUGCGGGCAGAGCAAAUCCCACGUCGGCGUCGACGGAAGACGCGGCGUUCGCUGCCAGAGCCUCGUUCCAGAUGCUCAUCACGUCCCAGACUCGUCACGAGGCCAACGCUGCUGUCGUGGCCGCUCUGGACGAAGCUCUGCGUCUAGCAGAAGAGCGAGUGAGUGCGGCUGUGCCCCCGCUCAUGCCUCCCUGGUCGCAUCCGACGCUGAUCCACUCGGUCGUGUUCGUGGCACGGCAACGCACUCGAGCAGCGCUGAAAACGCUCGUACCCAGGAGCGCCCAGACCGCGUUCGUCAAGCGCGUGGCGUUCCGCAACAAGACCCUACUGAAGGAUCUGGGGCGCGGCAUCCAAGACGACAGCGCUUCUUGCGGACUGGGAGGCCAGACCUCGAGACUUUUGCAGUGCGUGGCGCAGUUCACCAGCUCGUUCAAGGACGGCGUGGCCGCUGGCGUCUUGGUCGCGUCUCCGGUAGCGCUGGUGCUCUGGGAUGUCGUCUGGCGAGCGGUCACGUCCUGCGUAAAGACCGUGUGGAAGCAGUAG